UUAGCAACAUGAAUAUUGGACACGAGGUACUGGAGCUGAAACAGCAGGGAAACAAAUUCUUUUCUCAACGUAGUUAUGAAGAAGCUAUAUCUUGCUACACCAAAGCUCUUCUAAAGAACGACAAAGUGACCACAAUCUAUACUAAUCGUGCACUUUGCUACCUUAAACUGGAGCUUUGGGAUCGUGUACUAAGGGACUGCAAGCUGGCACUUGAGAUUGACAAGAUGAUGACAAAAGCUCAUUUCUUUAUGGGCCAAGCUUUAACAGAACUUGGGAAAUUCGACGAAGCUAUCUCUUCGUAUCAUACAGCGAUAGAAAGUGCCAAAUCGAGAAAAGAACACUUUGGAGACGAUCUUCACCAAGCCCUUAGGAGGACGAAGAAAAAGAAGCUUCUCAAGGAAGAGGAAAAACGAAUGUCAGAAGAAAUUGAAUUACAGACGCUAUUAACUAAACUUCUGAUAGACGACCUUGAAAAAAAGAAGAAUCAAGAACCAUCAGAUGACGAAGUAGUUGAAAUAGACAAGCACCAUGAGGACUUGGAAGCAAAAUAUACGAAGUACAUUGAUACACUGAACUACUUGUUCUCGGAGCUCGACGACCGGAGAAGGAGACGGGAAGUGCCAGAUUAUCUGUGUGGAAAAAUAAGUUUUGAGAUUAUGAAGGAGCCAGUCAUAACACCGUCCGGUGUAACUUAUGAAAGGAGUGAUUUAGAGGAACACCUACAAAGGGUCGGACAUUUCGACCCCCUAACUAGAGUCCCCCUGAAGAGAGAAAAACUAACCCCCAAUCUUGCUAUGAGGGAGGUAAUAGAACACUUCUUAGAGAACAAUCCAUGGGCAGAAUAUUACUGAACAAAGCUACCGCGACCCAAACCGAACCAUCGCUAACCAGUCAGUUAACUUGAAAUACAAGUAAUGGGAGAAUUGCAAGAAGAAAAGUAAAGACUGGAAACGUCAGGGAUUCUUGCAUCAGACAUUGUUUUUAGUGUGGAUAGUCUUUGUGAAAAAAUGUUUAACUGAGAAUAGAAAGCCUCUUGUUUCUUCUUAGACUGACUUUGCUAGUUAAACUUGAUUAUACUUGUGUUUCAUUAACGAAUUCAUUUUUAUUUAAACA